AUGGAGAUUCGAUGGGCGUUUAAUGCGUUGUCAUGGAAACCCACUAAACAGCAACUGCUCUCCGCCCUUUCCGCCGUGUCUCAGGAAGAAAACGAAAGAAUACAAAAAUUUCGUUUUCAGGAUGAUUACAAACUGUGUUUAAUUGGUCGAUUAAUGAUACGUCAUUGCAUAAAAUCAGCUCUCGGUAUUUCUUGGAAGAAUAUUAAAUUGCGAAGGAACGAGAAAGGAAAACCAGAGUUGGCCAAUAUGCUAAAAAGUAAUGAAACCUUUUUCUUCAAUGUAUCUCAUCAAGGUGAUUACACAGUGUUGGCCGCUAGUACGCGUCAAAAUGUCGGCGUGGACGUGAUGAAGGUGGUGACGCCUAAUAACACAGACAUUCCGUCAUUCUUUAAGUUGAUGAGACGACAAUUCGUAGAAGACGAGUGGAAUUAUAUCUAUAGCUUUCAAAAAGAAUGGCUGCAACUUAAAGCUUUUUAUAGAUUGUGGUGUUUGAAAGAAAGUUAUGUGAAAGCAAUAGGCACCGGCAUUGGAACAAAUUCUGCUGAAUAUAUGAUGUUUGAUGUCAAUACGAGAUCUCUAGAUAUAAACAGACCCUGUUCCGAUAGUGUAUUAUACGUUAAAAAUAUUAAAAAGGAUUGGACGUUUAGUGAAUAUCUUUUAGAUGAUGAUCAUAUAGUCGCUGUGGCAACAGGUCGAAAAGAACCAGUCAGCGUUGACCAUUUUGAUUUUUUAACGUUCGAUGAUUUUACUGAAGAAUUAGAAGCGGUUUUACCUAUAGAUGGUAACUGGUGGAAUGUGUAUGAAAGUAAAAACACAAAGAAAUAUUAG